AUGGAGAAAACUGCAGGUGCGUCUCCGCCCCUCGCCCUUAACCCCGUGCUCACCCCACGCGCAGCCCCGACCAAGUUCGCUAUCCUCAUCUUCCCAGGCUUCGAGCCCCUCGACGUCUUCGGCCCCGUCGAGGUCAUCCAGACCCUCUCCUCCAGCAAGCCCAUGUCUCUCUACUGGAUCUCCGCCUCCACCUCCCCCGCGCUCGACCCCCUCGCCGGAACCAAGAGGCCGACGGCGGGCGCGACCGUCGUCCCCACGCACACGCUCGCCGCCCCGCCCGACGACAUCGACGUCCUCCUCGUCCCGGGCGGCCUGGGCGCGCUGUCGCACACGCUCGGGCCCGCGGUCGAGUACGUGCGCGCGACGUACCCGAAGCUCAAGUACAUGAUCAGCGUGUGCAACGGCGCGGAGCUGCUCGCGCGCGCGGGCGUGCUCGAGGGGCGGCGCGCGACGUGCGACAAGGUGCUGUGGGCGCACAACACGACGAUGCACCCGGGCGUGGGGUGGGACAAGAAGCCGCGGUGGGUGAUCGACGGGAACGUGGUGACGUCGGGCGGGGUGAGCGCGGGGCUGGACAUGGCGCUGGGGUGGGUUGCGCAUGUGUGGGACGAAGGGCUGGCGCGGGAGAUUGCGAACGUGGUGGAGUACGAGUGGCGGAACGACCCGAACUUCGAUGUGUUUGCGUACGUGUGGUAG